AUCUUCUGAGAGCUGCCCAACAUAGUGCCUGAUCGCCUUCUAAUGUUUAAUUUGUGGUGAAUUAAAUUAAUUAAAUUCGCGAUAAACUAUAUUAGCAACUCUCAUGAUGUACAGACCGCUUUCGGCUGUUUAGUUUCGCUGUUUUUGAUCUAGAUUCUUACGGUGUUUUUGGCUUUUCCCGCGGGCAGCUCGAGUGUUUGGCGUCGGAUAAACAUGGCGGAGCUGAAGGACUGUGCUGAACUGAAGGUUAUCUUGAAGAUCUUCAGCUCUUAGAGAUCCAGAGAGCGUUCAGAGUCUGUCAGAGUUGAUGAUUCAGCAGGAGAAGCCGUUGGCGGGCAGCAUGCCGGUGGUUUGGCCCACGCUGCUCGACCUCAGCAGAGAUGAAUGCAAACGGAUCCUGCGUAAACUGGAGCUCGAGGCGUACGCCGGCGUGAUCAGCGCUCUGCGAGCUCAAGGAGAUCUCACUAAAGACAAGAAGGAGCUGCUGGGAGAACUGACUCGAGUGCUGAGUAUCUCCACAGAGCGUCAUCGAGCCGAGGUGCGCAGAGCCGUCAAUGAUGAGCGUCUGAACACCAUCGCCUAUCACAUGUCGGGGCCGAACAGCUCGUCUGAGUGGUCGAUCGAGGGCCGUCGGCUGGUUCCUCUCAUGCCCAGACUGGUUCCUCAGACGGCCUUCACGGUGACGGCUAAUGCAGUGGCUAACGCUACGGCCCACCAGAACGCCUCGCUGCUGCUGCCCGCCGAAACCGCCAACAAAGAAGUGGUUGUGUGUUACUCGUACACCAGCACGAGCUCCACCCCUCCCAGCGCCUCCGCUCCCAGCAGCAGCGCAGCAGCGGCCGUCAAAUCCCCUCGACCCGCCAGUCCCGCCUCCAACGUGGUGGUGCUGCCCAGCGGGAGUACGGUCUACGUCAAGAGCGUGAGCUGCUCCGAUGAGGACGAGAAACCUCGUAAGAGACGGAGGACCAACUCUUCAAGCUCCUCCCCCGUUCUGCUGAAGGAGGUGCCUAAAGUGGCCACACCCACCAUUUCCAAAACCAUCACGGUCCCUGUGAGCGGCAGCCCGAAGAUGAGCAACCUGAUGCAGAGCAUCGCCAACUCGCUCCCGCCGCACAUGUCUCCAGUGAAGAUCACCUUCACCAAACCCUCCACCCAGACCACCAACACCACCACGCAGAAGGUGAUAAUCGUCACCACGUCUCCCAGCUCCAACUUCGUGCCAAACAUCUUGUCCAAGUCUCACAACUACGCGGCCGUGUCUAAGCUGGUGUCGAGCGCGGCGCUCACGGCGUCCAAUCAGAAACAGACCAUGGUGAUUUCCAGCGCGGCCCCGGGGCCCAGUCCUGUCGCCGUGACGACCGUGGUGUCCUCCACCCCGUCAGUGGUGAUGUCAACCAUCGCACAGGGUGGGUCGUCCACCGCAGUGAAGGUGGCCUCCACCCGUCUGCCGUCACCGAAGGCUCUGGUCGGCUCUCCGUCUCAGAUCCUGCAGAUUCCCAAAGCGCAGCAGCAGUCGGCGGUUCAGUCCGCGUCUCCUAAAGCCCUGCAGGCGUCCAUCUCCUCUCAGAGCGCCGGCGCGGCCCCCGGGGCCAAACCCACCAUUCAGAUCAAACAGGAGUCCGGUGUGAAGAUCAUCACGCAGCAGAUGCAGCCCAGUAAGAUCUUACCCAAGCCCUCCGGUGCCGCGCUGCCCAGCAGUAGCUCCGCCCCCAUCAUGGUGGUCAGCAGCAACGGAGCCAUCAUGACCACCAAACUGGUGUCCAAUCCCACAGGCACUCAGGCCACGUACACACGGCCGUCCGUCAGCCCCGCCAUCGGCGCUCGCGUGGCCACUUCCCCCGCCGGAGCCACCUACGUCAAGACCACGAGCGGCAGCAUCAUCACGGUCGUGCCCAAGUCUCUCGCCACGCUGGGAGGGAAGAUCAUCACCAGCAACAUGGUGUCGGGAACCACCACUAAGAUCACCACCAUCCCCAUGACGUCUAAACCCAACGUGAUCGUGGUGCAGAAAACCACCGGCAAAGGAACCACCAUCCAGGGUCUGCCGGGGAAGAACGUGGUCACGACGCUGCUGAACGCAGGGGUGAGGUCACAUGACCCUCACGUGACGCGUGGGGGUGACGAUGCGCCGCUGACGAUGCUGUGUGUGUUUCAGGGAGAGAAGAGCCUGCAGGCGGUGUCCGGAGCCAAGCCCGCCAUCAUCACCGCCUCACGGCCCAUCACCAAAAUGAUCGUGACGCAGCCCAAGAGCCUCGGCGCGGGCGUCCAGCCGACCACCGCCACCAAGAUCAUCCCCACUAAGAUCGUCUACGGACAGCAGGGGAAAACACAGGUGCUGAUCAAGCCCAAGCCCAUGGCGUUUCAGACGGCGGUGGUGAGCGAACAGGCCCGUCAGCUGGUCAGCGAGACGCUGCAGCAGGUCUCUCGCAGCGCUGAAUCUGCCGCCGGCUCCGCUCAGGAGGGGGCGCUCAAGGACGACUCGGCCUCGUUUACGGAGGGCAGCCCGGUGCCGUCCGACAGCACUCACGACUCUCAGCCGGUCGUGCACGUCAUCACCUCCAGAGGGCAGGACUGGACCGAGCAGGAAGUUGCAGUGGAAGCGAGUCCCACCAUCAUUUACCAGGACGUGACAGGAGAGUCUCAGUCGGCCACAUCCACCAUCAAAGCACUGCUGGAGCUGCAGCAGACCAGCGUGAAGGAGAAGAGCGACGCCAAACCACGACAGCACACCAUCGACCUGAGUCAGAUGGCCGUGCCGAUUCCAGCGGCCGCGGAGAGGAGACAGUCGCCGGAGCCGUCGGGUCAGACCGCCGGAGAGACGGACACAGUCACUGAAUACAUCCCUAUCGUUUCAGGUAAAGUGUGUAAAGCUGUGAUUGGAGGAGAGGUCACUGCGUCCAGCAGCCAGAAUCAGUCCACUUCCUGUCCGCCACCAGCGGCGCCGCCUACAGCCAAGAGCAGCACCGCCGCGCCUGGAGCCGCCGCACAACAGGUGGAGGGGAAGCCGCUGCAGGAGCAGAUGCUGGUGGAGGAGGGCGAGUUCGAGGGCGACACUUUGGACCCUCAGACGGGUCUGUUCUACCGCUCCUCCCAGCAGCACCUCAGCAAGCCUGCGGCCGGCCCGUCCGAGACGCCCACUUCCUCUAAGAGAGCGGAGCCGGUGUCGGUGUCGGCCAGACCCUCCGUACAGAGAGCGUCCGCGUCGCCCUCUGCUGGCCCUCCGCCCGCGGCGCCGCCCGCCUCCUCCAACCCUCCGCACACACCGCAGCUGCCCCGGCUGCAGCAGGCGCCCACCUCACACAACCGGCCCAACACACACACGCAGCUGUCGCAGCCGCCGCCGCUGCAGGCGCAUCACCCCGUGGGGAAGACGGCCGGCUGCAGUGGUCAGGUGCAGCAGCCAAUCAUAACGCAGGGCGCCACCGUCACCAAGAUCACGUUCGGCAGCCAUCACCAGUGUCCGCCCGUGUCCAGCAGCGGCGAGGCGUCCGUCAAGCUCCAGCCGGAGUCCAGCUCCAGCGCUCCUGCGGCGGAGAAACCGUCCGUCUCCGACAUCCUGAAGAUCUCCAUGAUGGAGGCGGAGAUCGACCCCGGCGCCGAGCCCAUGGUGGUGGACUCGUCCAGCGACUGCGGCCCGCUGACCAAAGCCCCGCCCGCCUCCUCGCUCAUCAGCAGCUCCAAACAGACGCUGGCGCACGGGGCCUUCAGCCGCGUCAAGAGCAAAGAGCUGGACAUCAUACAGGUGAUCCCGCAGUACUCCAUCAUGCCCGACUCCAGCCAGUCGAAUGUGGUGGUGGAGCCCAGCGGCUUCCUGGAGAUCAGCGACUACACCAGCCAGCGCCUGGACGAGGAGGCCGCCAUGGAGCAGGAAGUGGACAGCAGCAACGACGAGGGGGCGGCGGCCAGCCCCGCGGCCGACCAAUCGCAGUGAAGCCGCAGCGGAUCACGACUGGAAGAGGAAGUUGUGCUGUAUAGAGAAACAUUGAGUGAGUUUGUGCUGUAGAGCGAAGCAGCGAGAACCAUGUUUGUGUUGACUUCUACUUAAUUUAUAGUUUUAAGUAGAGCUGAUGGACUGGAACCAUUAGGACUCUGUGAUUGGUGUAAAUAGCGUUACUCAUCUCGUGCUCUCUCUCUCUCUCUCUCUCAUGUACCGUAAGCAUUUUAACUCCAUAAACUUUACUACAAAA